UAAAAGAACCUAACCAUGGUUGAAACUAGCAGUUUAUAUUCCAGAGACCACACCUCCUCUCCAUUCCAUCGCGCUGAUUAUGUCCAAAAAAUGAUGAUCGGAGAGUCUCCGCAUUCAAAUCCGACCGUCCAAAUCCCUCAUUGGGACCCAUUUUUCGACGAGCCCACAUCACCCUUACCCUCCCAAUUUACCAACUGCGGGAAUGCCAGUUCGCCUUUCCUCGACUCGUUAACGGCGCUUCACCGUUACCUUCCUUCAAACGAGCCGGACUCCAUUGGCGAUGACCUGGACUUGCCUGUGGAUGCCUUCUCCUGCGAUCAUUUUCGCAUGUAUGAGUUCAAGGUGAGACGCUGCGCACGUGGGAGGUCACAUGACUGGACCGAGUGUCCGUACGCUCAUCCUGGAGAGAAGGCGCGCCGCCGAGACCCGCGCAGGUAUCAUUACUCUGGAACAGCCUGCCCUGACUUUCGCAAGGGUGGGUGCAAGAAAGGGGAUUCUUGCGAGUUUGCUCAUGGGGUUUUUGAGUGUUGGCUUCAUCCGGCUCGAUAUCGCACUCAACCAUGCAAGGAUGGUCCAGCUUGUCGCCGCCGGGUCUGUUUCUUUGCCCAUACUCCCGAUCAACUUCGGGUUUUGCCACAACAGAGCCCGAGGGGAAACGGUUCCGGAUCGGGUGACGUGGAGGUUGGCUCCCCUUUGAGGCACCAUUUUGACUCAUACUUGACUAAGGCGGGCUCGUUCGUCUCUUCACCAACCUCGAUUUUAACUUCUCCGCCUAUGUCUCCGCCAUCGGAUUCGCCGCCAAUUUCGCCUAGUAGCCCGCAGGUGGUUGGUGGGUCUUUUAACUCGAUGAGCGAGCUCGUUGCCUGUAUGCGUGGUUUGCAGGUCGGUAAGAUGAAAGUGGGGCCUGCAUCUUGGGGCAUGCAGAACGGAUCCGGGUUUGGGUCGCCUCGCGGAUCGUCUCUACGCCCCGGGUUCUGCAGUCUCCCUUCCACUCCAACCCGGACAAUGAGUCGUCCUGGAGUCGGUCAGCUGGACUUCUGGGACCCAAGUAUGGAGGAAGAGCCCGCAAUGGAGAGGGUGGAAUCUGGAAGGGACCUGAGAGCCAAGAUAUAUGCGAAGCUCAGCAAAGAAAACUCACUGCACCGGGCUGAGCCAGGCGCAUCAGCACCCGAUGUUGGUUGGGUUUCUGAGCUGGUAAAGUGAAGCUGAAUCCGAGUCAAAUCUGCAUGGAAUUUAAUUUUUUAUGCUGUUUUCUAAUGGAUAAUUAUUUUCGGUGGCCUCCGAUUCUUCUCCCUGACUCUGUGAAUACGAAGUUGAAGACUUUUGGAACUUUGGUAAUUACUGUGUAAAUAGUACAUGGAGAGAGAUGUCAAAGUAUCUCUCUGUUUUGUUGAACUGGCGAAAAGGAAACAAGAUAAAGGGGAAAAAAAAAACCUGCAACUUUUGUGUACAGACAAGAAGGAUUUCUCAUGGCUGCCGGAGUGUGGGUAGCGGUUUGUUGUUGAUCAAUUUGUCGUUGAAUUAAUUGUAUUUUCUUUUUUGCAUCAUUUAUCUAAUUUUCCCGGAAAAUUAAUCUUUGUAAGUUGUUCUGUUUAUGUCUAAUCAAUGUGAUUAUCUCUCUUCAA